AUGACCAAGAAAGCCGAGUUUCGGUCUCUGCACUUGGGCAUUGUUUUGCUGCUCUUCACGUCUUGUUUCAUCUCUCAUGUCCAGCUGCAGACCCCCCCCCCUUUCACAACCACCCCGCCGGGGCUGCUAGCUCCCGAGGUCAACGGCUUCGAGUUGGGGGUUGGGGGCCUUCCAUCCUGCGGUAACCCUCACGAAAGUCGUCGCACAUGCCCUGACCAUCCCCGACCUCGAAAAGCUGUGAGGAGUAGCUCAUCCCUGUCGGAUGCCGCCUUUCGGGAAGUUGCGAGCCCUGAGAAGACCUCGGGCUCCGCUGCCCCGCCAGGUGUGCUGUGGCCUGCGCCUCAUCAUCGUGAAGGAGCGGCGACGCGGCAGACGCGCGCCACAUGA